GCGACUUGAGAUGAGGUGUUAAUGUGGGACUUCCACUGAAUAUAACUCCAAGUGUGCGUGCAACGCCUGGAAUUCAGUCUUCAACAUGACUUUAAAACUUUCCUCCAAGUAGAAUUUCUGUAAAAUAUUUUAACCGCUAACGCCGAAGUGGUUACUUCAAUGUUCAUAUCCUGGCGUAGCAAUGGUUUGUAGACUAUUAUGGAGGAGAAGUACUUCAAGAUUUGUGCAAGAAACAUUGGGAGCCAGUCCUCUUCAGACUCGGAAACCAAGUCUGAUGGAGAAGGCAUCGACAUAUGUUUAGAAGACCACCAAGAUUACGAUGGUUUCAACGGAAAACACGCUUCAGACUUCGAAACUCUAAAAGCAGAAGGGAAGGAAGAAACGAAUGUGGCAACCGACGAGGAGUUUGAACCGGGUAAUAAAGAACAUGGGGAAGGAGACGACGAAAUGUUGGAAAACAUUGCGUACCCCAAGUCCAGCAAUCCUGAGGUGAUCCACAGCUCAUGCCUCGCUGUCAAGUUCAAGAGACGGCUCAGUGAGGAUGGCAAGAACCUCCGCCGGGGGAGUCUUGGGGGUGCUCUCACAGGGAAGUACCUGCUACCUUAUGUGUCCCCUCAGCAGGCAUGGCAGAGCCCCUCAGAGACGUCCAACCUGGUGCGGAUGCGCUCCACCAUCCUGGGAAAGUCAGCGCCCUCUUUAACCUCUAGUCUGAAAGAACUGAGUCUUCCAAGAAGAGGAAGUUUCCUCACUCCCCGAAGUUUGAGCCCAACACCAACAAGUCCUUGCAGCCCACUCAGCCCGCUGCACGCAUUUCAUUUUUGGAGCUGCAGGACCAGCAACAGAAAAAGUCUUAUAGGAAGUGGUCAGUCUUCUGCGCUUCAGCGACCUCACUCCCCUCUCUCAUCACAUACAGGAACAAGUCCUCAAGACAGUCCCAGGAACUUCUCUCCUAGUGCCUCAGCCCACUUCUCCUUUGCACGAAGGACUGAUGGACGACGCUGGUCUUUGGCAUCUCUACCCUCCUCUGGCUAUGGCACCAACACACCUAGCUCCACCGUUUCUUCGUCCUGUUCAUCACAGGAGAAGCUGCAUCAGCUGCCCUUCCAGCCCACGCCGGAUGAGCUGUACUUCCUCUCUAAGCACUUCUGUACUGAGAGCAUUGCUGGGGAUGAGAGACGAAGGGGGACCACACCCAUGCGACCCCGCUCCCGCAGUCUCAGCCCUGGAAGAUCUCCAUCCUGUUGUGAUCAUGAGAUAAUUAUGAUGAAUCAUGUCUACAAGGAACGUUUUCCUAAGGCCACUGCCCAGAUGGAGGAGAGGAUCCAGGAGAUCAUCCGGACCAGCUCCCCUGAGAGUGUGCUGCCGCUGGCAGACGGUGUGCUGGGGUUUGCCCACCACCAGAUCAUUGAGCUGGCACGCGACUGCCUGGAGAAGAGCCGCCUGGGCCACAUAACCUCACGCUACUUCUGUGAGCUCACCGACAAGCUGGAGAAACUCUUCCAGGAGUCCACGUCCCGGUCGGAGAGUCAGGAGGUGAAUUUCAUCAAGGAGCUGGUCAAGAAAAUCCUCAUAGUCAUUGCCAGGCCAGCGCGCCUCCUGGAAUGCCUGGAGUUUGAUCCAGAAGAGUUCUACCAUCUGUUGGAGGCUGCCGAGGGUCACGCCAAAGAGGGACAAGGCAUCAAGACUGACAUCCCUCGCUACAUCAUUAGCCAAUUAGGUCUCACACGGGAUCCAUUAGAAGAAAUAGCUCAAAUGACCAGUUAUGACAGUGGGAUAGCUGAAACACCAGAGACUGAUGACUCUUCCCAGAGUCUGAGUGCGGCCCUGCGAUCCCGACGGAAGCCCUCCGAGAUAGACUUUGAAAUGACCAAACUCAUCAGCAAUGGAGCCUAUGGGGCUGUGUAUCUGGUGCGCCACAAGGAGACUAAGCAGCGCUUCGCCAUGAAGAAGAUCAACAAACAGAACCUCAUGUUGAGGAACCAGAUACAGCAGGCCUUUGUAGAGAGAGACAUCUUGACCUUCGCUGAGAACCCCUUCGUGGUCUCCAUGUUCUGCUCCUUUGAGACACGACGGCAUCUCUGUAUGGUCAUGGAGUAUGUGGAAGGAGGUGAUUGUGCCAACCUUCUGAAGAACAUGGGCCCUCUGCCUGUAGACAUGGCCAGGAUGUACUUUGCAGAGACUGUGCUGGCACUGGAGUACCUCCACAACUAUGGAAUUGUCCAUAGGGACCUCAAACCAGACAAUCUUCUGGUGACCUCCAUGGGCCACAUCAAGCUGACAGACUUCGGUCUGUCCAAGGUGGGCCUGAUGAACAUGACUACCAACCUGUACGAAGGACACAUAGAGAAGGAUGCCCGAGAGUUCUCUGAUAAACAGGUGUGUGGGACACCAGAGUACAUUGCUCCAGAGGUGAUCCUGAGGCAGGGCUAUGGUAAACCAGUGGACUGGUGGGCCAUGGGCAUCAUUCUCUACGAGUUCCUGGUGGGUUGUGUACCUUUCUUUGGAGACACACCAGAAGAACUGUUUGGACAGGUCAUCAGUGAUGAGAUUAAUUGGCCAGAGGGAGAAGAUGCUCCUCCAGCUGACUCUCAGGAACUGAUCACCCUGCUACUCAGACAGAACCCAAUGGAGAGGAUGGGCACAGGCGGUGCGUAUGAAGUGAAGCACCACCAGUUCUUUCACACUUUGGACUGGAAUAGUCUGCUGAGACAGAAGGCUGAGUUUAUCCCUCAGCUGGAGUCCGAGGAUGACACUAGCUACUUUGACACUCGAUCUGAUCGAUACCAUCACCUGGAAACUGAGGAAGAGGAGGAUCUGAAUGAUGAAGACUUCAAUGUGGAGCUACGACAGUUCUCUUCCUGUUCUCACAGAUUUUCCAAGGUGUACAGCAGCUUAGACCUGUCCCGUGGCCAGCUGGAGGAGAAGGGCGAGACAGAGGAGAAGAAGAGUGAAAGCCCCCUGACUGUAGACUCUCUGAGCUGGACACCCGAAUUCACUGAAAUGCUUUCUCUCUCCCAUUCUCUGGAUGAGAGCACCAACAUAGGCCCUCGUCCGCCCGGCCUGCUCCCAAAGUUCGCCAUUUCAGCCGAGGCAGAUGACGGAGAUGAGGAGUCCCUGGCCCUUAGAGACCCCAGCAAGGUAGCCUUCUCCAUUGGAGAGGAUGAGGCUGAUGCAACCACCCCCGGGAGCACCCACAGUGGAGCUACUCUCUCUGUAGGUAGUUUCUCUGAGCACCUGGACCUGCUUCCCUCCAGAGCGGAGGGUGUAGGCAGCCCUGACUCCAAGACCACCUUGGACCCAAGGGUCCCGACUGGUGGCCUGCGGCACGAUGGACAUGGGGAGAAGUUUGGUGUUGUUUCUAAAGUCCCCAAGUCUGUCUCGGCCAGCGCCCUCUCCCUCAUGAUCCCUGGAGAUAUCUUUGGGGUGUCCCCUCUGGCCAGCCCCAUAUCCCCCUACUCUUUGUCCUCGGACCCCUCUUCUCGUGACUCCUCCCCUAGCCGAGACUCAUCUCUUUGUGUCACCAGCCCCAAGCAGCCAAUCAUUAUCCACAGCUCGGGGAAGAAGUUUGGUUUUACGUUGCGGGCAAUCCCGGUGUACGCCUGCGACCGUGAUGUCUACACUGUCUACCACAUGGUCUGGAGCGUGGAGGAACCUGGUCCAGCCCACAAGGCAGGGCUAAAAGCUGGUGACCUCAUCACCCAUGUGAAUGGAGAGACAGUCCAUGGCCUUGUUCAUACUGAGGUGGUGGAACUACUGCUAAAGAGUGGCAGUAGGGUGGCCAUCUCCACUACUCCAUUUGAGAACACCUCCAUCAAAACAGGGCCUGCUCGGAAGAACAGCUACAGAAGCAAGAUGGUCCGACGUACCAAAAAGCCCAAGAAGGAGAAGACACAAGAAAGGAGGAGGUCUGUGUUCAGGCGUUUUGCUAUGCAGCCCUCGCCUCUUCUGCACACCAGUCGUAGUUUCUCCUCUCUCAACCGAUCCCUGUCCUCAGGGGAGAGUCUCCCAGGGUCCCCUACACACAGCUUGUCUCCCCGCUCCCCCACAGCUGCCUUCCGACCUACACCUGACUUCAACCAGUCAGGCGUCAACUCCUCUCAGAGUAGUUCCCCCAGCUCCAGUGCUCCAAACUCCCCUGCAGGUUCUGGCCACAUCCGUCCCAGCACCCUCCAUGGCCUGGGCCCCAAACUUACUGGGCAGAGGCUCCGACAAGGUCGUCGCAAGUCGGCUGGCAGCAUUCCUCUCUCCCCGCUGGCCCGUACCCCGUCCCCGACCCCCCAGCCCACCUCCCCUCAACGUUCACCCUCUCCCUUACUCAGCCAUGGCUCCAUGGGGAUUAACAAGACCACCCAGGCUUUCCCAAGCAAAAUGCACUCCCCCCCUACCAUUGUCCGCCACAUGGUGCGGCCCAAGAGUGCGGAGCCACCCCGCUCGCCUCUCCUCAAACGAGUGCAGUCAGAAGAGAAGCUCUCGCCUUCCUACACUGGUGACAAGAAGCACAUGUGUUCUAGGAAGCACAGCCUGGAGGUGACCCAGGAAGAGGCCCAGGUCGAAGAAGUGCGGUCUGGGGACAGGGACCACCACACCUUGCAGAGUGUGGAGGAGACACCCUGCGAUCCUCCGACAAUCACCCGGGUCCGGCCAGCUGAGCAGGGCUGUCUCAAAAGGCCUGUUGGCCGUAAGAUGGGCCGCCAGGAGUCUAUAGAGGAGCUGGACAAGGAGAAGCUGAAAGCUAAGGUAGUAAUGAAGAGACAAGACUGGUCGGAGAGGCGAGAGUCCCUGCAGAAGCAGGACGCUCUACAGGAAUCUGAUAUGGCUGGUGUCGAGGGAGGAAGAAGCCAAGGCAAAAGCCAAGGCUCAGAGACUAUUUCACACGAAUGUAAAGCUGCCAACUCUACCCUGAAAGAUGUCCUGUAUAAGAAGUUGAACACACGAUCCUGCGAGGGCAUUCCUGAACCGCUAGGGGGAAAUGGCUCCGACUCAGCUCUGGGCUGCAUCCACCCUGAUUGGAGCCCCCAGAAAACUGAGUGGCAGCUGUCCAGGCAGAACAAGGAGGGUGGUAAACCAGACAGGCUUGACUUCAAGGCCCCCAACAUCGAAUUUGCCCGCAAGAGGCAAUCGUUCGAGGAGCGAGAAGACGCCAUCUGUCGACUAUCUCCCGGCAUUCAUGAAAGUCUCCAUUUUGGCUCUACCCGGUCCAAGAGUCUUCAGCUCGACUCAGCCAUGCCUCUAGACCACAUCAAGGGUACCAUAGGCAGCAUCCACUCCAGCCCUGAGGGCCUGAACCCCAAGAUGUUUUCUGGAAGGGGGGAAGGAAGCGCUGUGGAGAAACUCCAGCUUAUCUCCAGUGAUGGCUCCCUCAGGAAGACCUCUUCAGAAUACAAGCUAGAGGGGCGUCUGGUUUCCUCCCUGAAACCCCUGGAGGGUACCUUGGACAUUGGCUUGCUCUCUGGGCCGAGGGUGUCUAAAACCGACACCUGCCUCUCCAAGAUGGCUGACAAUGAUGGUGGCUUGUUAGGGAUGCCGACAUGGCUGCAAAGCCCAGUUGAACGGCAGUUGAUACCCCUGCUCAAACCCUCUGACAAGCAACAGAGUCUGUCCACCAGUAUACUAAGCCCUGGAGCUGUUGUGGCAGUAAGCAGUCCAAUUUCCACCAAAGAGGAGGUGUCUAUUUCCAAUACUGUGCUUCAGUGCAUUAGCGGUGGUGAGAAGCAACAUGAAAGACCUAGAGACAGUGAACCCCGAACAGCUUCCAAGAUGGAUGUCACAGACUCUGGUGGGAAACAGGAGAGCAAGUCCAGUAUGAUGGCUCACGAUCAUAGGGUAUCCCGUCACAGUGCCCACUUCUCCCACUGUGGGAAGACACCAUCCAUACGAGAGGUCAGCAAUGAAGACCAAGAUGAGGAGGUGGAGUCACUUCAAGAGAUUUUAGCUCCCACACAGCAAAACCUCACACAAACUUCCAAGUCAUUUGAUACAGUUACCACCACAGUUAAGCCAGUCAGUCCCAAAAAUACUACAGCAUCUGUCCCAGCCUCAAAUGUGGAGGUUCAAGCAACUGCCCCUCCUAUAGCUAUACCAGUGAGGCAAAGUUCAGAUUGUCAGUCAGGGCCCAGUUACUUGCAGAAUAUUGAGACACAAAGAACAGGUGAGAAAACGGGUAGCAUCACUACAGUUGUACAGCAUAUAUUAGAGCAGCCCCAAAACCUGUUAAAGGAACAGAUGGCAAACAGCAGUCCAUUGACAAGGACAGCAACACAAACUGCCAUCCCUGCUCCAAUUUGUAGUCUUGGAGAUGUGAACCGAAUCAGUGGUCAAGCAUAUCAAAGACAGCAAGGCACAGAAAAAACACAAAACUCAGACAACAUUCAAAGCAACAGCCCUGUUCCAAACAAGGCCGUUAAACCUGCAAGUGUGUCUGAAUUUGAAGAGCUCAAAAUAGCCAACACCAGAAAAGAUAAAAUGUCUAAUGUCAGGGAGACAUGUACUAAAGUAGAUGUAAAAUGUGUCUUGUCUAAAGACCUUUUGAAAACCGCAACUACUAAUACAGAAGUAGCACAGAGCUGUGUUCAAAAUAAAAAUGCUUAUCCCGUUAGCAGUCAGGUAGCAAUUAGUAGUGUAGCAAUGCAAAGAGAAGGGCCUACUUCACCAAAGACAAAAGGUAGCAAUGCGAAGAUUGGAGAGCAAGAGCAACCCUCUUUGACGAACCAGAAGGCUAUGGUCAAAGGGCCUCUUGGGGCAGAAAUCCCAGUUUCUAAAAAGGAAACUGCUGAGCAUAGUCCUGAGCACAUAGUGAAACCACCAAGUCACGCAUCAACAAAACAAAUUAUCUUAAAUCCAAAAACAAAGUCCAAAUCUGACUCACCCCUUGCAUUACAAGCUGUUGGUAAGACAGAGGAGAAGGGGAGGUAUGAAGAGAGAACUCCUGACACAGCCCCAGUCGGAAAAGUAAUCCUAAAUUCAAAACAACGAGAGUCAUCUCAGAAAACUCCAGUUUCAGUGGUCAAAGACACACAAGACUCAAAGUGGAGAGAACCUCUACUCAAAACUUCAGUUCAAAGCCACAACAUCAAAGCAUUUUCAGAUUCCAAACUAAAGGAAUCUUUGUUCCAAAGCCCUGGCCCAACUCCAGUUGUCAGACAAAACUCUGACCCAAAACAAAAAGAACUAGAUCACACAUUUGCCCCAACCCCCGCCCAAGUCAUCAAAGAUAAGCUGGAUUCAAAACAAAAAUUACCCACUCAAAACACAUCUGUCUCUACCUUGAUUAACUCAAACCAAAAGGAAACUACUGCAUCAAAAGUUGUCAGACAAAUCCUAGAUUCAAAACAAUCCCCCCCUCACAAAACCAUUGCCCCAAUUGUAACCCCUGCAGUCAUGAAAGAGCCAGUGUUUGCUGCCCCCUUUCAGCAGGCCCAAAAAGAAGCCAGGGCCACCACUCCCUUCCAGUCUGCCCCUGUACCAGUCUUGCCUGCCCCAGCAGUGAGAAGAGAAACAAAUCCACCCAAUAGCGGCGCUCUCUCAGGCAAGGCCAGUGGCAGUACCAAACAGGAGUCUGUGGUCCAGACCUCUAGAGAGGACAAGGGGAGACUGAGGGUACAGGCCACCAUGUCAGAUGACCUUAAGUUGGACUCUCAUAGAGGCCUGGGUGGAGUGAUUGCCAUGGGACCAGCAGCCACCACUAACAGCACCCCACAGGGGAAACAGACCACAGCUGAACCCAGGGUCACUAACGCUGACAAACCGGUAGCCUAUAGCCGAAAAGAACAUGCUGACAAGAAGAAAAGGGAUCCUGCCCAAGAGGUAUCGUCUGCACAGAAAAACACUAAGAAAGAGACUUUGAGAGUGCCUGCAGUGGUAAAUGAGGGCACAGGAUCAGACAAAAACUCGGCCCGACAUGUGCAAACUAAGGAAUCGCCACGUGGCCCUGCGCACAGGAAAUAAAUUAGAUUUAAAAAAACGACUUUUACGAUAUGUCCAUAAGACAUGGCAGAAAUGUUUGUUUUGUGGUUGUACUAGUGUAAUCAUGCCUUUUUUUGAGAACCGGGGAAGCUGUUACUUGUUCUUUGAGGUGUGAUAGAAAUCUAAGAGAGGUGUGAAGAGUGUAUGCAGUUCUGGUGGUGAAGGUUAAUGAUUGGUUGAGACCCUAAAUGUCUCAUGGUUUUGGACUGAAUGUAGACAAUGAUUUGCUGCUUAUUUGUAUUUUUCUGCUGUUUAAAGAUAAACAGUAUCAAAUUUGUAUUGUGUGAUAGUUUGGAGGUUUUUCACAGCAGAGUGCAAUCUGCAAUCAACAUGUCAGGGUGAAGUAUAAAGUAACCUUUUCCAACAGUGCCAAUACUGGUAAUUUUGAAUUGCACUCUGGGUUAAGUCAUGGCACAUCAUCAGUAAUUUAUCUUAUGUCGCUUUCCCUUAACUUUUAUUACUUACAGGUGAAGUGUGCUUUUUGUUUUGGGUAGUGGUGCACAGAAGGAAUGCACUAUGUCCUGUGCUUCUCACCUAGAACUGUUUAAUAUGGAAUCAUCUUACGGUUCUGUAAUCAUAUUUAGUGGAAGGGGCCUUAGGAUUAAGGGGAAUCAAAAAAAACUUGCUGUUCUUAGCAGGUCAUGGUAUUUUUCACAUUCCUUUCACAUCUCUACAUUUGUAAAUCAUUGAUUUUUACGCAGUACCUUGUAAAUAUUGAAUGACAAAACCAAUUGAAAAAAUGUUUUGGGAUACAUGGGCUUAAAUAUUAGUGUGUUUGUUUUAUAUGUAUAUGUUUUGCUAUGUCAUGUAUUCAAUUGUUAUUUCAUCGUCAUGUUCUGCUUGAUAAUUCUGUGGUCUAGAAUAAGCUAACAUAAUGUCUGUUUAUACAUCCUCUCUUUAACAUUGUCGUUUUAACAUUUUCCAAUAAUAUUCUAAAUAAUACUUAAAGAAAAGGCAGCGCCAAUUGUGCAUUUUCUGAAAUUGAGUGUGGGGAAUUAAACAAAACACAAGUGGUUCUCAAGAAUGCAUUCAUUCUCGCUUUUUGCCAUAAUGAUGCGGGGAUAAAUGAAAGAAAUGUUUAAAAUUUAAAUAUUUUACCUAGCGUAGAAGGCAUGUUGUUAACAUGACAUUGUGUAGAAUGCAAGCUUAAGGGAGAUGAUGAAACUUGUUUGCAAUACUGUGGAUGAAAUGUCAAAAGUUUUUUUUUUUUUUUUUAUAAUUUUUUCAAAGAGGGGUCUGGAUUAUUAUUUUUUUUUAAAUUUUCCCUCAAUACUAUUUAUAUUUGUAUGAAUCGAUAUCCAUACAAUGUGAUGUUUUUUUGGGCAUGGUAAAUUAGAAAGGGUUUAAAGUCAAGAAUAUGUCUAGAAUAUCUAUUGGAAAAGUUGCUGUAGACAUUUUUUUUCAGUUUCACAUUUGAGCCUGUUUAUUUUUGUCAUUUUCUCAACUACUAAUUUUCUUUUCCUUUUCUGUAAGUAAUGCCAUAGCCUAUGUUUAUGUAUCUUAUCUGCCAGAUAAAAACUAUACCCAGUUACAUUUCUAGCUAACAUGGGCUUCAAAGGACAGAUUUUGUGAGAACAAAAUGCACCAAUAUGCAAAUCUUAGGUUAUAUGCAUCAAUGUAGUCGUUCAUGUUAAUUUACAUAAGUCUUAUUAUUUUAGACAGUUGAUGUUUAAGUGAUAAUACUAGCUUUGUGUUACUCCUUUUACAAUGACAUAAUGAUGUCCUGUAGUUUAGCUGCAAGGCAUUUUGAUGGUAAACCCUAAAUAUCAAAUACAAAGUAGAUAUCUAAAUAUGCUAUAUAAUAUUUACUCUAAUGUAGGCUGUUUCAUAACAAUAGAUGAUCUACUGUACAUUAGGGAGGUAAUAAAAAAAGCACUGGACAAAAUAUAUUAACUUAAAUGGCAUACUGUAUCCAAGAAAAAUAACCACAAAAAUAACAGAAUAUUUGUAGAGAUUUUUUUUUUAAUUAGGUGUUAGAAGAAUCAGGUGUUUUACUAUUCACAUUAGUUAUUGUAAAUGUACUGGUAAAUGUUUGGGGAGAUGACAAAAUAAAACAUGCACCUUUGACACUUUUCCCCCUUCUAGUUAUUGUAGUUGGGUGAAGAAUAGGGAAAAUGUAAAUUAAUGUCUUGUGUUGUCCUGUUAUACAAGCUUUGGAUACAGACAGACAUUAAUUAUAAAUGACGCAGCAUCUACUGUAUUUGCCCUCAUGCCUUUUCUUUAUUUUUUUUUGAUUGACAAGAAGCACAUUUGAUGUUUGUUUUUAAAUAACUUCUUGGAUGUUUAUUUUGUAAAUUGUGUAAUUGAUUUGCCAAAUGUAUGUGCUAUGUCCCAGGAAAUAUGUUUGUGAUAGUGUCUGACUUGAUCUCCUACCAAGUCACCCAGUUGUGCUGUUAAAGACGCUAUCAGUGUGGUGGUCAAUACGUCUCUGUUUCAACAUUCGUCAGGUCCCACAUGGUCCGGCUUGUUUUAUUUUUUUCUCUUUGUGAAACUAGUAUUAGAUGAACUUGCUUACUAUGUUUUGUCUUUUAGGAUCCGUGCAAUAAAGAUGUUUGAGUUUUUGUAUUUUGCCCAAGGAGAGCUCUAUGGAUGUCAUAGAUGUUGUAUAUUAAAACAAAUAUUUAUACUUCUAAAGUUGCAUAACACUUGAAAAUAAAAAAGCAUGAUGAAAAUGUC